AACAAGCGAAAAUAUACUUACUUGCACAGCGAGUUCCGACCUUUGGUCUGCCUUCCGGCGCCUGUCCUGCGCUUGCGCGUCGAUAGCAAGCGGGAUGAGGUCGUUUGCGUCUUCGUUUGCGCACAUACUGUCGUAUGGACUCUCCACACAUAAGCGAAGGCGCGUCGAGGAGGAACCAAACAUAUCAGUAUCCGGCGUUGACAAACCAACACAUCCGCUCACGCCUCGACAAACAACCCUGGACGGCGACUCCCAAGUGCAACAAGUUACUGGAUGCGCAAUCGGUGACCACGUACAAGCCCCGUUGGACAAGGAAAACGUUAUGCCCUUCGCCGGGCCCGUAUCCUUUGACGGCUAUGGCUGGCCUCCUGUGAGCUGCACCAGCCUGCCGCCACUGCACGAUGCCGCGGCCUCUUCUGCUGGCGGCGUUGUUGUUGAGUCGCAGCAGUUCAUGGACUGGGACCAGCACCAGGCACCUGGUCACCUGCACCUGCGGCAACAACCGCAACUCCAGCAAAUGCACCUAGCAGGGCGGGAUAUCUCCCAGGUGCCCCGCCUGCCGCCGCUGGCUACGCGCGGCGGGAGUCUGGUCAGCAGGGGAGCCGCAGGCACCGCACUGCAGGGCGUUGGCGGCGGCGCAGCGCCUUUCAAGCGCCCGCUGGAGGACAGCAGCAACGGCGCAGGAGAGGGUGGUGGUGCCUUCAAUACGUCCUUCCAGCGCUCAGGUAUCAACAGCGAUGCCGCUGACAGGCUCACAACGGCGCCCAGCACCACCGGGCGGCACCUGCUCGGUGUCGGGCAGGCGGAUGGCCGCGCGCCGCUGCGGCCGCGCAACGGAGGCGAGCCUGCUGGCAACGCGUCAUAUGACGGCCGGGCAGCAGUGCCGCCGCGAUAUCGUGUGUCCGUGCAGCUGCAGCAGCAGCAGCAACAGCAGCAGACGGCGGCCGACCCACAUCAGCUCCCGCAGCAGCAGUUGCAGCAGCACCAGCAGCACCAGCAGCACGAGCAGGCUCCGCUCAGCCGUCAGCUCUACACAUGUGGCGAUGGUGGCGGCCUGGCACCGCAGCCGUCCUCCACUUGGCUGCCGCCUGUCACCUGCAUGCCCACCGCCGUCCCCGGCAGCGCUGCAAACCUGCAGCGGCAGUGGCAGUGGCAACAACAGCAACCGCAGCCGGCGGCCGCCAGCCGCGCCCUGUCGCUGACUCCCAUGGCGGGCGGAGGUAGCGCGCCGCCUGCUCGUGCUGUGUCGGCGGAGUCAUUCCUGGAAGCCGUGGCCUCGUGCCCGGAACUGCAUCGCGUGCUGGCAUGGCUGCUGCGGCGCCGCCUUCUACCCGUCCCCGGUGACCUGGUGGGCACCCUGGCGCACAUGUAUCUGCUGUGCAGGCGGGCGGUGGAGGGCGCGGCGGGAGCCGUGGGUGCGGCAUCAGCACCAACAUCUGUGCCGGCUGCUGCAGCGGGCAGCGGCUUAGACGUGGCGGCGCGCCUGCGGGACGCCGACUGGUUGCUGACACUGCUGUGGGUGGUGGAGUCGGUGAGCAGCCAGUACCGCUGCCAGCUGGCCGCCGAGGUGCUGCCCAGCUACCUGGAGGCCAUGGCCGCGGCAGGGGGCACAGCUGCUGCAGGGGCAGCUGGGGGCGCCGGAGGCGGGUGCCUGCUUCCGGCCUGGCGCCCGCAGCAGAGCGGGGGCGAGGAUGGCAGCAGCAGCGAGGACGACGAGCAACAGGGCCCGGGCUGCGGCGGCAGCGGCGAAAACGACAAUAGUAACGACAGUGACAUCGAGUAUGACGGCAGCUGCACGGUGCGCCGCGAGCGCUCGCCGGAGCCGCCUCUGCCUCCAUCACUGGAGGUGGUGUGCGGCCGGACCGCGCGCUGGUGGCGGAGGAGGAUGGUGCGGAACCAGCUGCAGCUGCUGCAGGUGACCGACUGGCGUGUCACCGUCAGCAGUCAGCAGCUGGCAGCUGCAACCGAGGAGCUCGUGACAGCUGAGCGCCAGCCUCCUGCGCCUCCUGCUGCUGCUGUUGCUACUGCUGCGUCCAUCGCCGCCGUCAACGCUGCACCGGCAUCCUACUGCACGCCGCCGCCGCCGCCAGCAGCACGUGCUGCCCCAGAUGGCACACCUGCUGUGGACCACCUCCUGACGGGUGGCGGCGAAGCGGCCAUGCUCGUCAGCAGCAGUAGCUCACAGCCUCGCAGCAGCAGGCCUGUGGGCCUGGCCAGGUGGUUCUCGUCAUCUGCGGCAGUGGCGCCCAUGCCGCCUGCUGCUGAUGCAGCAGCUGCACCCCCGCCAUCCAUGGCCUCAUCAGGCCGACCGCUCACCGCGACGCGCUUCCCAACGGCUUCGGGUCUGCUGGGUGGCAGCAGUGGCGCCGUGAGCGGCCGCAGUAUCACCGAACCCGGCUGCGGCCGCCAGGGGGUGCCGAUGCAGCAACUAGGGCUGCUGCCCUCGUUGUGCCGGGCGCUGUCCGUGCCCUCGCCCCUGCUGGCCGGCUUCAGGCGGAACAGCAGGAGCAGCAGCGGCGGUGGCAGCAGCCGAGAUGUCGGCAGCGACGCGGGGCGUGCAGCUCCCCAGCGGAGCUCGCUGUACGGGGCUGCUGGGCCAGUUAGCAGUGGAGUGCAUGUGCUGCUGCUGCCGCUGGUGUCCCGCCUGGUGGAGCAGGCGGCUUGGAAUCCGGUGCCGCAACCCACCGCCGCACCUGCAAACCAGGGACCGGUGGCUGGCCCAGCUGGCGGGCGGGCGCCCAUGGCGUCUGCUGCUGGUGCCGCUGCGGCCCUGACCAGCAGUGGUGCAGACCGCCGGCGCAUGGUUGGCCCUGCUGGCGCCACGGUCGGCGGCCAGCAGCAACAGCCGCUGCGGGCGAGGCUGCCUGCUGAGAGGCCAGUAGCGGGCGGGGAGCGCCUGCGGCGUGGGUGUGAACAGGAGUACGUGUAUGCGUAUGCAUACGAAGAGUCGCUUCAGGAGCAGCUGGCACAGCAGCAGGCGGAGCAGUGCGCCGCCGCCGCCAAUGUGUGGGCGUGCUGACAAGCUAAGCUAUGUAUGGGUGCCUGAAUCUAUACAUAAUGUGAUAGAGACCCCAAUGGGAGGAGAAAUGCAUGGCUGUGCAUGGGUGGUGUGCACUGUCGUCUGCAUCGCUUGUGUACUUGGCAGUAGUGGCAGCUGUCGUGCCCUGAUUCAGCCAGCACAGUGAGCCCUGCUGCAGCGGAUGGUCAAAAUGUGGCACCUGGCUUUUGGCUUUGUAGCAUACCGCCCCAGCAUGUGCUCAUGCAUGUGCUGGGUGGCGCCGGCUUCAUUGCUGAGGGGAAGAAUGUGUGAUCCUUAUCAUUAUUUGUGUUCAUCCUAGCACGGCGACAAGGUAGUACGGCGGCAAGGCAUCGGGAAGGCUGCGGCAGCAGGUUCUACCACCGGGUCCGGACGGUGAUAAACUCCUAGGCACGUCACUUCGUACUGGCCGCCAUGCGGGCUUGUCGCUAUAAUGCGGCUGCGCCAAUACGCGCAUUCAUGUUAGCAACUCGAAAGGUAGUCUGUUCUUUCCAUUGCGGAUCCAGCAACCGGCUGCUGUGCGGCUGAGGUACCUGGGGCAAUGAUGCAGUCUCAUGAGAUAUGUGAGCUGACGUGGCUGACGUGGACAACUACUACUGUUCAUCGACGGAGAAACGCGAACUCUGAGCGCGCGGCGGCACUGUCCUACCUACUGACAUCCUUGCCAUCCAGCGUGUGGCGCUUGUGGUACUACUUUGCGGCUGCACGUGUGGAGGUAGGGCAGCUAGGGCAGCGUAGCGCCGCUGGGCAGAACUGUUUUUGGGCUGAGCCCCCCCAGCGCAGCGUUCCAGGGGGGGGGCGAAGCCCCCCAGGAACACCCCUGUCCGUGGCUGGUGGCUGGUGCGUCGGCAAAACAUAGCAUACUGGCGCAAACCGCGGCUGCUACGUAUUAGUAUGUGUUAAUGCCUAUUGCAUGUAAAUAGGUGGCAGGGAAAAUUCGGGCGGAGCGAGAAGUGCCUUCGCACGUCCAUGGACAAUUGACUUUCGCGAGGUUGCCCGAAAAGCAAGCCAUGGCUUUGCGCAGUAUGACUUCUGUACGUCGUAAAUGUGCUUCAAAGACACAGCAGACGGCGAGCCGUCAUAAAGAGCCUGUUAGCACGGACUGUGCACCCCACCCAACCGGCCACGUCCGGAUUUGCGGGGAUGCCAAAGGCCCCCAACAUAGAGGCGUGUGCAAUUUGCGUGUGCUUAGUAGGCGCCCGCGUCAAGGUGGCUGGGUUGAUAACGACCCGGGAUCAGCCCUUUUCCUGCCAUAAGGCAGCCACCUCCUUGUUUCUGAGAGUUGAGCGCACCCAGCGACAAUAUUGCCGCUGUGCACGCACAUGCGCAACAAUCAGUCUGAAUGGAUUUACUCCGCAAUGCGUUGUGAUGCCACCGUACCACAAAUGGAUAUGGCCACUAUGCACUAAACGAAACUUGAAGCGUUACUGUAGAACUGACAAGAUACCCGUGCAUGGGAAAAGUGGGCUGAGCCACGUAUCCAGUCUGA